AUGGAGCCUGCCUUCUCAGCCCACACUCACCGGUUUCACCCCAAAACGAGGGCGCGGGCCCGGCGGGGCGGCGGGGCCCGCCUCACGCGCCGGUGUCUCCCGCAGCUGACGCCCGAGUUCACGCAGCGCCUGAACAACAAGAUCCGGGAGCUGCUGCAGCAGGUGGAGCGCGGCGUGAGGGCCGCGGAUGCGCGCGACGGCACGGCCUACACGGGCUGGACAGGCAUCGCCUUGCUGUACUUGCACCUGCACGAUGUGUACGGAGACCCAGCCUAUCUCCAGGUGGCCCACGAGUACGUGAAGAAGAGCCUGGGCUGCCUGACGAAGCGAUCCAUCACGUUCCUGUGCGGAGACGCCGGGCCCCUCGCCGUGGCUGCCGUCAUCUACCACAAGCUGCAGAACCCCAAGCAGGCCGAGGACUGCAUCACUCGCUUGCUGCACCUGCACAAGGUGGACCCCCGGGCGCCGGAUGAGCUGCUCUACGGGCGCAUGGGCUACCUCUACGCGUUGCUGUUUGUGAACAAGCACUUCGGGGAGGAAAAGAUCCCACAGAGUCACAUUCAGCAGGUCUGCGAAGCAGUUGUGGCCUCAGGAGAGAACUUGGCCAAAAGAAGGAACUUCACAGCAAAGAGCCCGCUCAUGUACGAGUGGUACCAGGAGUACUACGUCGGGGCGGCCCAUGGCUUGGCUGGGAUUUAUUACUAUCUCAUGCAGCCUGGCCUCGGGGUGAGCCAAGUGAAGCUGCACAACGUGGUCAAACCCAGCGUGGAUUACGUCUGCCAGCUCAAGUUCCCUUCGGGCAAUUACCCUCCAUGCAUCGAUGACACCAGGGACCUGCUCGUCCAUUGGUGCCAUGGGGCACCAGGUGUUAUCUACAUGCUCAUUCAGGCCUACAAGGUGUUCGGGGAGGAGCGGUACCUCAGCGACGCCCUGCAGUGCGCAGAGGUCAUCUGGCAGCACGGGCUGCUCAAGAAGGGCUACGGGCUGUGCCACGGCACGGCCGGCAACGCCUACGGCUUCCUCGCGCUCUACAACCUCACCCAGGACGUGAGGUUCCUGUACAGGGCCUGCAAGUUUGCAGAGUGGUGUUUAAGCUAUGGCCAGCACGGCUGCCGGACUCCAGACACUCCAUUCUCGCUCUUUGAAGGAAUGGCUGGAACAAUUUACUUUCUGGCUGACCUGCUGGUGCCGACCAAGGCCAAGUUCCCUGCGUUUGAACUCUAAACCUGAGCUUGGCCAUUCCCCGCCUGAGUCCUGCUGCACUUGGAAAAGCAGUUCAAAGUUGCAUUCUCCUAUUUCCAGACUCAUCAUUUACCUACUGAACAUGAAUCCAUCCUCAUUACACUAAGUUCUUUAAUAUUUAUAUUCAUCUCAUUGCACUAUUUUUAUUUAAAAGUCAGAAUGUGAGUUUUGCUGGCAUCCUCUAAAAACACAGAGAUGGGAGCAAGGAAAUAUAUAGUAUUUUGUUGGCUUUACAGAGUUUUGCUAUUUUCUGUAUCCCAUUUAGUGGGAGAGAGAUUUAUAUUGAACCUACCUUUGCCCACUUAGUGUUUUUGUGCUGACAGUUAUAGGAAUGUAGUUACCUCUGGAAAACAAGAGAUAAGCUACUGAGACUAUUGCCCUGCUCUUUGCUUCUAAAGCUUUCCGACCAUUCAGGGAGCAGGAAGCUCAGGAGCUGGACUGUGCCUGUGACGUGAAGCUAAUGGACUGGAGACUCUCUGUAUCCAUCUUUCCCAUCAGAUUGCAAGCAGCACAGCUGGAGCCUCAUCCUAGAUUUACACUGGCUGCUCUGUAAACACAGGCUGUUAUCUAGAGGUUCUUGGGCAUUUUUUUCAGUGAUAGGCAAACAAAUAAUCCAGUGGCUUUUGUGCUUAGUCUCAGUCUUAGAAUAAAUCUUCCCCAAGUCCAUAGUCCGUUGAAUGGCAAACUUCAAAGUAAGCCAAGAGUGCUUGCUGCUGGGGUCUCCUCUCUUCACCUUCAAAUUUGUUUUUUCCGUCUGUAUUUAAAACUGGGCAUGAGCCUUCUAGGUAUUACAUGGAACCAAGCCCCUAAGCAGCAGCACUGAAUUCUGUCAGUGUUUAAACCUGUUAUUGGUGUAGAUGGCAUUUUUUGUUAUGCUCUUUUUUAUGUUUUCAGAGGCUUUGUUUUAUGAGCUUUGCUAAGCCUGGGCAGUUUGAGUGACCCCCAUGGUGUUGUAGCUUGAUGUGCAAGCACAAAUCCAAACUAGGAGCUGGAAAAACCUACCCUCAGCCAAAAGCUUGGGGCUGGCAGCUGUAACUACAUCCUUGCAAGGGGCAAAGUGGCUUUGCUGGCCCCGAGAGCCCCUGUUUUAACCUCAAGCAAGCAUGAGCUGAAC